ACCCAUUGUCCCUGCAACUCAGCCUUAGAGACAACAGAGGUUCUUCUUGUCCUUGUUGGAGAGAGCUUGUUUUUCUCUUAUUCAUUCUCACACAAAAUCACAUCCAUCAAUUGAACCUCUUUUCCUCUCGCAAGUUUUUAAUUGUAAUAUUUGAACACCAAUGGCUCGCUCUUUCACCAACGUCAAGGCUCUCUCCGCUGUAGUCGCUGAUGGAUUCUCCAACGCUCUUACAAGGCGUGCGUACGCGGCAACUACACAAAGCGCUGCAAGGGGAGGAGCAGCCUCCAUCAGCGGCAAGAUAGCCCCCAAGUCAGGGGAAGACAAGGUGGCAACCUCUGAGAAGGUUUCGUGGGUCCCAGACCCCGUCACCGGUUACUACAAACCCGAGAACACUAAAGAGAUUGAUGGUGCUGAGCUGCGAGCUACGGUUCAGGACAAAAAAUUCAACCACUAAUUUCAACCAGUAAAGAUAUUGAAUGGUGUACCUCAAGUCUUAAACGUGACCUUUACUUAAACGUUUAUUAUUCCUUCUUUGCCCAUUUUUCUUUCCGUUCCCAUAUGUAAGCUCUAUUUUCGGAAAUGAAAUGGAAUGAGGAUC